AUGCCAUCGAAUGCUGAAGUUACUAGCACACUGAAUAAAUUGAGAGAAGAGGCAAACCCAGAUUUGGCUCCAUUGUUUUAUGAAUUCGAACUGUUGUACCAACAAAAGUUAUGGCACCAAUUGACAGAACGUCUAAAGGUUUUCUUUGAAGAUCCAAGGUCUGAAGAGUUAAGAUUGACUACCUACUUGAAGUUCGUCACUACAUUCUACGAUAGAAUCAAUCAGCUAAAUGUGGUGGAAUUCCUUUUACAAUCUUUGAGAAAUUACCACGAUCAUGACCAAUCACUCAAAUAUUUGACGGAAUUGGAACAAUCUUUCAAAACCAUAGAUGAGAAAAAGCAGAGAAAUGAUGGUCUUAAGACCCAUGAAGACGGAAAUCUCUUGAUAGAAAUUGAAACUGCCAGACUACAUCUACAUAAGGGCAAUCUCGUGAAAAGUAGAGAUUUGUUGGAUGAUUUGGGAAAGACUUUGGACAGAAGAGAUUCUAUUCCUCUGAAAGUGACCAACGCAUACUAUUCCACCAAUGCGGAAUACUACAGAUUAAAGAAUGAUUUCAAUAAUUUCUAUUACACAAGUCUAUUGUACUUGUCCACUGUGGAUCACCAAGAAUUCCAACAAGAGGCUAAUUUGGAGGAGAACAGACAGUUGGCUAACAAUUUGAGCAUCGCAGCUUUGUUAGGAGAUAAAAUUUACAACUUCGGUGAGUUGUUAAACCACCCUAUAAUGGAUACUAUUUUAAAGGAUCCACAGUACAAAUGGAUCUUUGAUUUGUUGAAUGCACUUACUCUAGGUGAUUUCGACAAAUUUGAUAACUUAAUCGGUGUGCAAAUUCCUAAAGUCCCAAUCCUUGCAGAACACGAAUCUUUUCUAAGGCAAAAGAUUUGCCUAAUGACUCUAGUGGAAAGCGUAUUUGCCAAGAACAUCAGAACCUUAUCGUUUGACGAUAUUUCACAAGCAUCUCAUUUACCCAAGGAUAAUGUGGAACAUCUUGUAAUGAGAGCAAUUAGUCUGGGUCUUUUGAAAGGAUCGAUCGAUCAAGUUAACGAAUUGGUCAACAUCACUUGGGUACAACCAAGGAUUAUCAACAGCGCUCAAAUUUCAAGAAUGAGAGAUAUCAUAGUGGAUUGGGAUUCAGAAGUGACAAAACUAGGUGAAAAAAUUGCAACUCAUGGGAGAUCUAUAUGGGUCUAA